GCGACUCAUACAUGUUGACAUCUGUAUCACACGUGUUGAUUCUAUGUGAGAAAAAACAGGCGAUAACAGAAUCACAUGGAGUAGCAUCUUUCCCACUGAGUACGAAAUACGAAUAAAUCUGAAAUUCAUCUUUUCAAUAGAAACCGGAUAUGUUGGGCUUUUCGUUUUUGAUCAGGAGGUACGAGGCCUUGAAGAAGAGGACUGUGGACACGACGAACAACACUCUAGAGACAGCGUUGAGGUUCAGCCUUCUACUUUUGUCCGUCUUCACUGUCGUUUGGCUGUCGGUCUUCCUUUAUGUCGCUUUUUAUUACACCUACGUCCCUAACAUCGAGCACAUCAAGCCGGUCAACUUGGCGUUCCAGGCGUGCGAGGCUGAGAAGAAGGAAGUCAACAGUGCAGUGUGCAGUUUUCCAAAAGCGCACGUUCUACUCACCAAGUCCAACUCGUUGCUUAUGGUAGGCCAACCAUACAAGAUUACUGUCUUCUUAGAGGUGCCUGAGUCAGAUGAAAACAGAUCUGUCGGCAUGUUCCUCGUUUGUGGAGAGCUUUACAGUCAAAAAGGUGUAACAGUGGCUCAUUCAUGUCGGUCGACAAUGCUUCGGUACAGAAGUCCCCUUCUCAAAGCGCUGAGGAUGUUGGCCCUAAGCGGCUUUUACAUAUUCAACAUCCUCGAGGAAAAGCAGACCCUUGAAGUCGAGUUGUUUUCGAACUUUGAAGAAGAUCAGAAUUAUCCCAUUACGGAUAUGCACGUCGAGAUCAGGACUGAAAGGAUUCAAGUGUACUCUUCAAAAGUGAGAAUCGACGCUCAUCUGACGGGCUUGCGAUACCUUAUGUUUCACUGGCCUAUGACUAGUACUAUUCUAGGCGUUGUUUUCAACAUGAUUGUAAUACUAUUCAUUAUAAUGCUGUCAUGGUGGCACCUCUACGGGCCUUACAACAUAACAGGGGAUGAUUUUUCAUUGGUAAAGUUGAAAGAGAAAUUGAUUGAGAAAAGUAAGCUCACACUUUACAAAUACACGAUAGAGGAAGAAACUGAAGGCUUGUGUAAACCCAGAUUUUUGAACUUACAAGAGGAAUUUGAGGAAGAAGAAGGCGAGGAAAGAAAGUACUUUCUGGAAAGGAAAGCGUCAAGCAGUGAAGCUUAGCAUUCUGGUAUUGUCUAGUUUAGUUUACAAUCUAGGUCAAACCUGUAUGGUGGGACCCAUUUAGAUAAUCUCCCUAAGACUGAAGCAGAUAAACCAUUUAAUUUUUCACUAGUACUUAUGUUAAAGAAUGUGCUAUGAUACUUGUGUCAAUAUAAAUUUCGAUAAAUUGAAUAUCAAAGUGCCAUAAAUGAAAAAGUCUUAGGAUAUUUUAUUUUUUUCUAAUACUACAAUAAAAGUAAUGUUUUUAAAAUGAUGUUUAAUUAGGAUAAUAUUAAUUUUAACGUUGUUUCCCUCUAGAUAGAAACAAAUUGAGGUGUACAUAUAUAUAUUUCAUUGUUCACUAAAGUUAUUAUUUUUUUAAUCUCAUUAGAAGUAAUUUUAAUAAUACAAGAAAGAUUAAAAUAAUUUACAAAAAUCACCAAUUUAUUAAAAACCUGUUGCACUUCGCUAGUCAAAACAUGAACAAACUUUAGUUACCUAAUUAUUAAUUGUUAAUUAAUUGUAUUUUAUUAUUUUGUUUUGGAUAAUUUUUUUAAUGUUUGUUACCAAUAUUAUUUUUUAUAAAGACUAUAUGGUUAAUGUUUAUGCUUUAAUUUCACAACGAAAAAAAAAAAAAAAAAUAUCCACGAAAUAAAUUGCUCACUUAUAAUG